CCAACAGUGGGCAGCACGCGCGCGCCUGCAGUCCUGCGUCUGGUUAUGAAAUCUACCGACACCGAGCGCACCGUGUUCGGCGCGUGCGAUGCCCCGUCAGAGCGCGAGGAUCCGGAUGAUCCGGACAGCAGCAGUGAGACAGAGGCGGAGGGCACGCGGAGAGCGCGGUUCGGUCCUCUCGGUGCGCGCGCCAGGCUGAUCGGGGUGAAUAAACAGAGGCAGGCGGCGAACGCGCGCGAGCGGGACCGCACACACAGCGUGAACACGGCGUUCACGGCACUGCGCAUGCUCAUCCCCACCGAGCCCGCCGACCGCAGACUGUCCAAGAUCGAGACGCUCCGACUGGCAUCCAGUUACAUCGCGCACCUCGCUAACGUGCUGCUGGUCGCGGAGAGCGGUGGGCACGGAGCACCGUGCACCCGGUACCGGGACAGUGUUGUGCACAGCAGCGGUGCGCUCAGACCGAUUUGCACCUUCUGCCUCGGACACCAGAGGAAAAUGAUGCGAGCUGGGGACAAACCAGGUGUUUGAGACCUCGUCCUCCUCAAGCUGUUGAACGUUUACAUUUAAAGACUCUCAUAUCUUACAGGGACAAAAAGGCUUCUUGUGUAAUUUUCUCAAUCCUGGAGGACAGAUGAUGACAAAUCACACACUGAAAUGCACUUUCUUUUUCUCAUCUGAGUUUACUAAAGUCUUUGCCCCUGUGUGAAUGUAAUUAGAGCUGGGUGUGUAAAAGCAGCACCUGGCAUGAGCUUAUUUCAGAUGUAGUCAGUAAAGCCCGAACCAGCCUCUCCUUAAAAAACAGCACAGUGUGUGUCAGUCCCUCAUGCGUCACAUGACAGUAACCCAAACCCCAACGUGCUGCAGUGGUUGCUGUCAGUACAGAGUGGUCCACUGUUGCCAGAUUGGGUGCUUUAACAUUUAGCUAAACUAAUAAAACUAGCCUUAAAGGUGACAGGAGCAAACGACAAGCACAGCUAGAUGUGCUAUAUAAUUAAACAAGAAUAGAAAGGGGUCAAGGGCAGUGAAUUUUGGAUGUUUAGUGAAUA